UACCUGCUGGUGAUUUUAUAUACUCUAAAAUUGAAACGUUAGCCAUGUUUUUCUUACUCCUCUUGUUUAUUUGCAUCUCUCCCAGCAAAAGUUUAGAAGUAACUGAUGGUAUAUUUUCUGCACUUGUAGAGAAGUUGUCUACACUAGAUGAAACAGUCCAGAGACAAGAGAAAGUAAACAAUGAACAGGAUGAGAUCAUCAGAUAUUUGACGAAUCAAAACGAAGAGUUGCUAAAACGGCUGAAUGAUAAAGAAGUAUUGUUAAAACAGUUGGACAAAGAAAGCACGAUAGAUGAAAGAAGACGAUUUGUACUGAACAGUGAAGGUCCAGUCGCGUUCUCUGCGGUGAUAGAUCCAACUGUAGUCGACCACACGAAGGCAAACACGGCUAUAAAGUUCGAGACAAUCUUGACGGAAUAUGGAGGUGGUUAUAACAAUGAUACUGGAAUAUUUGUGGCCCCCAAUACUGGAUUAUAUCUUCUAUCAUGCUCCAUGUUAGACCAUACACCUAAAGGAGGUCAUGGUGGUGUCAUGAUUCACGGCGAAAUCAUGAGAAACCAUGAUGUAUUGGCUCGAGUUUUUGCACAUGCUGAGACCACGUACAGGGAUCAGGGGGCUAACACAAUCAUUGCUACGUUGACAAGAGGUGACCAGGUAUGGGUUAGAACAGUGGACAACAGUGACCUAGGACUUGGUGGAUCCAGAUAUACGUCAUUCUCGGGAUAUCUGCUGUGGCAAUUGUCAUAAAAUCGUACAUAGUCGAGUACAUAAUGUGCAACGUUGGUAUCUUAUUUUAUAAAACAAAAAAUAAAAUAUCAUGAAAGUUA